UGGCAUACAAACAUACACACAUUCCCCCUCUGCUUCAUUGUGUGACUGCUUUCUUUCCUUACGCUCACAGCUGAUUCCUAAAAUGUGGCUGCCACUGCUACUGCUCGGCCUCUUCCAGCCCUUGCUGGGCUACCAGAUUGACUGGAACAAGUUAGAAAAUAUAGCAAGAGCAAAGGUAGAGACAUGUGGUGGAUGACAGCUGAACAGACUUAAAGAGGUGAAGGACUUCGUUAUGGAGGACAUCCCUCUUUACCACAACCUUGAGAUGAAGCAUAUAGCUGGUGCUGAUCCUGAACUAGUACUACUUUCCUCCAGAUAUGAAGAAAUAGAUAGAGUUCAUCUUAGCAACAUGAGGAGAAAGGAAAUUAACCAGUUACUGAAGGAUCUAGGAUUUUACAAGAAGGAAAGUCCAGAUUCCCCUGUCCCCCCUGAAUUUCAAAUGGCACCGGCAAGAAAAAAGACUCUGGAUGUAGAAGGGAAAGCUGCGGUGCAGGAUACAAAGGAGGAAUUGUAAAAGCUUUGUGUAAUAGUGGUUUGCACCAAGGAAAUGCAAUACAUUAGAGAAUUAGUUAAUAUAAAGUACACGGAAGUAGAACUGCUAAGAAAAACACUAGGAAUGUUUGAAGAGUACAACACUGUAAUACAGCACUUACUCUACACCCUAACUUGUCAUCUUCCCUAAUGUCUCUGCCAAAGCAAACAUGCAGGUGAUCCACAAUACAAUUAUUACUAACAACUGCAUUUUUCUCAUUUACAGGUUUAAAAUCAUUUUUUCAAUUGGUCUUUAUAAAAAAAAAAGAAAUGCUGAGCUGUUCUGUCACUCCUUUUCUUGCUGUGUGAAUCACUUCUCACAUUCACUUUGGUCAUCUAAUAAACCUUCUCUCUAAACUACUGAGAGGUCAUAAACACUUAUUUAAGCCAUAUUUUUAUCAGUAAGAGGAGAAGCAAGCCAUAAUGAGUGUUUCUAAUGUCAGAGAGCAGAGAUAAGGAGUUGUCAGGUGAGCUGGCUGAUGAAACUAAGUGCAAAUGCAUAUCCUGAUACUAGAUAAACUCAGGGCUGCACAAAGACAGUGGUUAAGUUUUUUUUGACCAAUUGAAAAAAUUAUUUUUAGCUAAAAAAAAAAGAAAAUGCCCAUAAAGGUGGUCAUUAAAACACACUAGUUCCUGUUUAACAGAAAAGAAUUGUCUAAAAGGUGCAUUUAGAUGCUGCGAGGUGCAGACAAUUGUGGAGAAGGAAGCACUCCUUUACAUGCAGCGAUCACCUUCACCAUAUGAGGAGGAGAGAUGGCUACUGCUAUCGCUUGUUCCCAUACAAAAUAACUGUUCCUUGGCAGCAGAUCGCUAUUUAGAUAGCACAAUUUGCUGCCUAGGAAUAAUUGGUGUCCACACCUGAGAUGAUUUUACCUGAGGAACGAGCAAAAUGUUUGUUCAUCAGGUGAUAUGUGGCACCUUUACAGGGGCCAAUUAUCAGGAAUGGGCGUUCCAGAUAAUCAGCCGGAACAUUAGGCCAUAUAGAUAUGGCUUUAGAAUCCACAGCUACCAUUUAGCAUACAGAGUCACAGGGAAUAAUAAUUAUAUUGGCAGUUUUCGAAAGAAUCCGGAAAGACAACAAGUUUGGGUUAAUGAACGUACUACUAGAGCUAUCAUUGCAUUAGCUAUAGAAUAGAUUGGUUUUCAGGGAUGUAACAAGGUAGAAGGCAAUGUAACUUGCUCAUGAAGGAUCAGCUUAGUUGUAGUAAACCUGUCACACUGAAAACGCAGUUCAGUCUGCAUGCAUCACGAUAUAGAGGAGGAGCCGAGCAUAUUGAUGUGGUUUUGUGGGAAAAGACUCAGUAUAAAUUAGUUAUUUAGGUAAAUCCCUGCUCCUUCUAGAAUUAGGAGUCCAGCAGGCAGCCCUAUCAGUGAUUGGUAGCCGUCACUGUAUGUACUCUCAUAGUGGGAUGGGUGUCAGUCAAUGGGUUGGGCUUUCAACUGGAGUCCUAAGCCCAGAAUAAGCAGCGAUUUGAAUAAAUACAAGUUAUACUAAAUCUUUCCCACAAAACGAUAUAGUCCACUCAGCGUCUCCUGAUCUAUAACUUGCCGUCUGCAGAUUGCACUGGAAUUUCAUGAUGAUAGGUUCCUUUUCAUGUUAUUUUUUAUGAUGAAAUGGUUCUCUGAAUUUAUCUGACCAUCUCUGUCUUCAUGGACACGAAUGAAGUUCUCAGCUGCAAAGUAUCCUGGUUGGGAACAGAUGUAAACAGUCCUGAUGAUACGAGGUGAUCGGCUCCUUACUUUACACUUCACGAGAAUUUUGACUUUCAUAAUAAAAAUAUUAUAAAAAGUG